AUGGAGACCAUCUUCCUUACUGGUGCCACGGGACAUGUUGGUUUUCGAGUCCUUGUACUCGCGCUCCAAGCUGGAUACUCGGUGCGUGCCGCAGUGCGAAGUCUGACAAAGUCUGAAGCCAUUCUGGACUCGCAACCGAUUAAAGCCUUGAAUCCUGGGUCACACCUUGGCUUUGUUGAGAUUCCGGAUCUGGCAGCAGAAGGCGCCUUUGACGAGAUCCUCGAGGGAGUCACUUUUGUCGUCCAUGUAGCCGCCCCUAUCACGUCAACGGUCGGCAUCGGGGACGAUCUGGAGGCCCACUUCAUCGAGCCUUCGGUGCAGGGAACUCUCAACUUGCUGAGAUCGGCCAGAAAACACGCCAGCAUUCGACGCGUGGUGAUUACGUCGUCCCUCGCCGCCAUAGUAGACACCACCAACCCGGAGGAAGCCUCGCGUACCCAAUCUCGCACAUUCCGGAUCCCGCGGUCGCCAUACAGCUCCUCCGUGCAAGCUUACUGUGCCGCCAAGGCGUUGGCUUUGAACGCGGCGGAAGAAUGGAUGAAGGAGCAGCAACCCAGCUCUGGAGUCACGCACAUUCUGCCAGGAGAUAUUUACGGGCCCAACGAGCUAGUCACCAACCCGGAUGACAUGCUACAGAUGGGCACGAAUCGAAUCCUCCUGACACCCGUCGUGGGUGGGCAUUACGAUCCAUCAGCGUCGACGACGAUACACUUGGAUGACGUUGCCAAUGCGCACAUUGCCGCCUUGAGACCAGAGAUGCCGACGAACCGCCUGUACUUGUUGCAUAGUGGAGGUGUGAGCGGCAACCAGGUCGAGGACUUGUUCGAAAUUGUCCGGAGGAACUUCCCAGACGAUGUUGAGAAGGCGUUGGCGAACAAUGGCACAGUAUCAACUUUCAGGCUACCAGUUGAUGCGUCUGAAUCAGAGCGGACGCUAGGAUUUCAAUAUCUGGGUUAUGAGAAGCAAGUAACGGACGUGGUCGCAUACUACCUCCAUCAUCUCAAGAGGCGGGGAGCGCCAGCAGCGGCCUAG